UGGAAAGCCCGCUGGUCCUUUUUGGGUGGCGUUUCCCCGUAUCUGAGCACCAGGCCAGCUUUCGCCCUUGAGGAAGAGCCCGGAUAUGAUCCUGGGGAAGGGCCUGGCCCGUGACUUUCGUGCUGAGGUUUGGACUGUGACACAGAAAAUUUCUCUCCAAGAAACCUUGCCAGGAAGAACAGCGGUCGAGGUCCACCCAGGGCCAGCUCUUCUAAACGGGCUGCCAGCGUCACUGCUGUCUGCGUGUCAGUGAAUCACUUGUCACCUCCUCCGCCCCGGGAUCUGGAAAUGGGGCCCAAGUUCCUGGACGUACUUGGAGUGAGGGAGCCCUGACCCCGUCCAGGAAGCAUGGCUCUUCCUCCUUCCUGGAGGAAGGUGUUUCCCCUCUUCCCCCUCCUGUGACCCUAGCUGCCCUGCAGGGCUCCCAGGAAACCCUCGGUGGAGAGCAGAGAACCAGGAAGUGAGGCCCCAAGACAGGCAGGCGAGCCCUGGGCGCCUGGAGCGAAAGUGAAAGCGGCUUCGGGGCCGGCCGCCUGGUCGGAGACUCUCUCCCCACCAGCCCGGAGACAGAGCAGCGGUGCAGGGCCGCAGGGCGCCGGGGAGGGUGCGACAGGACAGACGACACAGGACUUGGCUGCGCAGAGCCGGAAGGGUUGCUGGCAAUGGCGUGCGUGGGCGCUUGGUCAUUCUGAGCCCGCCUGAUCCAGCUGCAAAGUCUUUGCCCACCCAGCAGGGAUAGAGUCUCAACGCUGCCCUGCUGCCUCUGAGAGGCAUGGAUUUCAGCACGCUCCUUUACAAUAUCGGGGAACAGCUGGACAGUGAGGAGCUGGCCUCCCUCAAGUUCCUGAGCCAGGACCACAUCCCACAGCGGAAGCAGGAGCCCAUCUUGGACGCCUGCAUGUUGUUCCAGAGACUUCAGGAGAAGCGGGUGCUGGAGGAAGACAACCUGUCCUUCCUGAAGGAGCUGCUUUUCCGAAUCAACAGGCUGGACCUGCUGGGCGCCUACCUGAACACCAGCAGGGCGGAGAUGGAGUGGGUGCUCCAGAGCCCCGGCAAGGCCCAGAUCUCGGCAUACAGGGUUCUGCUCCUUCGGGUUGCAGAUGACGUAACCAGACCUGAGUUGAGGCAUUUUAAAUUUCUGUUGAACAACGAGAUCUCCAAGUCUAAGCUGGACGACAACAUGAGCUUGCUGGAUAUCUUCAUUGAGAUGGAGAAGAGGGCCAUCCUCGGGAAGGACAACUUGGACACCCUGAAAAUGAUCUGUGACCAGGUCAACAAGAGCCUGCUGACGAAGAUCAGGGAGUACGAGGAACUGCACGGAGAGAGGAGAAUGAGUCUCGGACAAAAUCCAGAAGAGUUUUCAAAGGAGGAGUCGCCCCUGGAGAUGCAGGACAUGCUGGACUUUCCGGAAGAACAGAACAGCAGGUCACAGACACUGGACAAAGUUUACCAAAUGAAAAGCAAGCCACGGGGGUACUGUUUGAUCUUCAAUAACUAUGAUUUCAGUGAGGCACGGGAGAGUAUACCCAAACUCUGCAAGAUGAAGGACAGGAAUGGAACAGACUUCGAUGCAGCGACUUUAGAUGGGACCUUCACUGAACUGCACUUCGAGACGGUGCACUGGAGGGAUUUCACAGCGCAGCAGAUCUGCGACAAGCUGCAGUACUACCAACGCACAGACCACAGCAACCGGGACUGCUUCGUCUGCUGCGUCCUGUCCCACGGGAACAGGGGCACCAUCUACGGCACAGAUGGGCAGGAGGUGCCCAUCUCCGAGCUGACCUCUUACUUCAUUGGUUCCAAGUGCCCCUCCCUUGCCGGAAAACCCAAAGUGUUUUUUAUUCAGGCUUGUCAAGGGGAGAACUACCAGAAAGCUAUCGCUGUGGAGACCGACUCGGAUGAGAACAAAGCCUGUCUAGAAGAGGACAUUUCGUGUCCCCCGAUGACCAUCCCGGAUGAGGGUGACUUCCUGCUGGGGAUGGCCACUGUGGACAGCUAUGUUUCCUACCGAGACUCCAGGAAGGGCAGCUGGUACAUCCAGACACUGUGUGAGAGCCUGAGAAGGAGAUGUCCUCAAGGUGAUGAUAUUCUCACCAUCCUGACGGAAGUGAACUUUAACGUGGGCAGAAAGAUCGACCAGAGGAACAUGAGGAAACAGAUGCCCCAGCCGACCUUCUCACUGAGGAAAAAGCUGUUCUUCCCCACCGACUGAUGGCCUGGUCCAGCUGCUGAACACGGGGCUUCACGAAAGGCUAAGCACUUGCUGUGUGUACCUGUUCUGGAUGGCGGGAGAGGAGAACGGAGCCUUGUGCUUCACUGGGGCGAAGAAGCACCCAUCAGCAGUUACCCCCUGCAGAACACCAGCGCCCUGCUCCCCAGCCAUCCUCUACACUACUUUUCUUCCUGCUUUGCUGGGGAUCGAGCCUUCUGGGUGCCAAGCGAACUCCGCCACACUAUUAUGUAAUUUGGGAGUGUGAGGUUCGAAGGCAUGGAUUCCUCCCACAAAAGCUUUAAAACCCAAGCAGUUCCACUGAUCGCACCGCGUCGGCCUGCUGCUGUGGCUGCAGGUCUGGUUCUGCUGCUCCUGGGUGCGCUUCUGUCUGCUUUCUGUCCUUUCGCAGGUGUCUGCAGGUGCUAAGAGCUUUUCAGAGAAAGAGAAUAAAAUUGCACUUUCCUGUUCUCAGA